AUGGACUAUGAGAGUGCCACAGAACCACAGGCUGAGGCGAUGUCUCUCGGAGAAGUUUCGGGUGUGAGACUGAAAGUCGCAAAUCAGAGAGGCUGUGAGAAUGGGCCAAGGCCCAAGCGGCCCAACACGCUGGACAUGAUACCAGUAAAGCCUGCGAACAAGCCCAUGCAGGAGGUGCGUGCCAACCUCAGCAUGGCUGCUCUGCUGGACAGCAAGAUGCUGAGCCCAGAGAUCCCUGCCCAUUGUGCCUGUCCAUCUCCCGGUGCUGAAGAAGGGCACCCUCCCCUGGUGGACACCAGCUCCCCAGUAAGGCAGGAGAUGGACGCCAUGCCCACAGCUGACAGCAAUGCGCAGUCCAAAGACUGCAGGGGUUACCAGGGCAUCUUGGUAUCCCUUCACCGGCCAGCUGUCUUCUGGACUAUACAGCCACCAGAGCCACAGCAGUGCACACUUGGUUUAGGAGGGUGGAGAGAUGAGAAGUGGAUGGGCACGCCGAUUGGAGAGCUGAGAAAGAUGCCUCAACGUAGCCAGCUCCUGCCAUCCCUGAAGACUGCACACAACCACACCAUCACCGUAAGGAACGACCUCCUAAGAGAUGGGCAGGCUCCUGUUCCAUAUCCCACCACGUUCAGAGAUGCAUGGGACGAUAUAACUGUAAAGAUGCCUUGUUCUGAAAAGAACCUUUUUCCAGUUGAAAACCAGGAUGGCAGCAUGGUGCAGAGCCGAUGGGAGUUGAUCCAGACUGCAUUGGGAGAGGGGUUUGACAGCUCCCUGGAUGUACAGGAUGCAAUAUUAUGAUACAGUGCUGCUCAUGCAAAAAGAUGGGACUUCACUGCUUUGAAUUACCUAUGCACUCAGGGCCAGGAGGACUGUGAGGUAGAGCAUCUUUUCCAGUCCAUCUUGCCAGACAUGGUGAAGUUAGCCAUGAGUGCCCCCAGGCUGUGCACCCAGCCCAUUCCACUGCUGAAGCAGCAGAUGAACCACUCCAUCACUAUGUCCCAGGAACAGAUUGCCUGCCUGCUGGCCAACGGCUUCUUCUGCACCUUCCCCCGAUGCAACUCCAAGAAGUCUGAGUAUUCAAAUUACCCCGAAAUCAAUUUCUACAGGCUGUUUGAAGGUUCCUCUCACAGGAAGACUGAGAAGCUCAAAACACUUCUGUGCUACUUCAGACAAGUCACAGAGAAAUGACCCACCGGCCUGGUAACAUUCACUAGACAGUUGUCUGAGCAGAUUUCCAAAAUGUGGAGAGGUUCUAAAACUCAACUCACAAAGCUCCAUAUCACGUGUGAAGGCACCAUUGAAGACCAGGGGUAUGGAAUGCUUCAGGUGGACUUUGCAAACAGACUGGUUGGAGGGGGUGUGACAGGCCUGGGACUGGUGCAAGAGGAGAUCCGCUUCCUGAUCAACCCUGAGCUCAUUGCCGUGCGCCUCUUCACAGAGGCCUUGGAUCACAACGAGUGCCUGAUCAUCACUGGUACGGAGCAGUACAGUAAGUAUGCUGGCUAUGCAGAGACCUACAAGUGGGUGGCCAGCCAUAAGGACAAGACGCCCAGGGACAAGUGGCACAGGAAAUGCACGGAGAUUGUGGCCUUGGAUGCACUGAAGUACCGACACUUGCUGGAGCAGUUUGAGCCAGAGAAAAUGAUCAGAGAACUCAACAAGGCCUACUGUGGCUUCUUCCGUCCGGAGGUGCCGCGGCAACACCUCACUGCCGUGGCAACGGGCAACUGGGGGUGUGGAGCGUUUGGGGGAGACACCAGGCUGAAAGCAAGGGUCUGACUGUCCUGGCACUGGGGUCAGUGCACCUGUGCAGGAUCAAAAUUCCCCUGGCAAUGACCCAUCCCCACCAAAGUGGUCAAAGGGAUCUUGUGCAUUGUUGGAUCUGUUUGAGGCAGUCUAUGCACCAGUGGCUACAAGGUUGAACAAUAGUGCUGCAGACAGAGCACAUGAAGAAGUCAGCAAAUACAGGGAAAUAGCACCUGUACCUCUCUCAGAAACUUAAGAACUUAAGAACUUCAGAACUUAAGUGGUAGAGCAUGCAUGAGGGAGAGUACCCCCUUUUAUCCCGCUAGGCAAAACACUACCUUUCUGUUCCAGGGACAAGUGUCCCAGCUGAAAGGGUUUUCUCCACAGCUGGGGACAUUGUAACUGCGCAGAGAAGUUGCCUUCUGCCAGGGUAUGUGGACCAACUUCUCUUAUUGCAAAAAAAUUACAAACUCUAAUUUAUGUUUUGGCCCAUAUCUUUAAGUUAAAG